AUGAAAGGGAAACACAAAGGUGUACAGAAAAGGCUACUUGAAAUAAAUCCUAGAGCAUUCUACACAUCAUGUGGUUGUCAUAGUCUUAACCUUGCACUUUGUGAUAUGGCUAACUCUUGUCCCAAAGCUAUCUCUUUUUUUGGAGUGUUACAACGUAUAUAUUUAUUGUUUUCAUCUUCAACAAAGCGGUGGAAAGUUUUCAAAGAUCAUGUGGAAGGUCUCACAUUGAAGCCAUUGUCACAAACAAGGUGGGAAAGUCGCGUUGAAAGUGUUAAAGCAAUAAGAUAUCAAGCUCCACAAAUAACAGAUGCUUUAAAUCAUUUGGCAAAUCUUGGUGAACCCCACAAUACAAAGAGUGAAGCUGAGUCUUUAGCAACACAUGAAAUUGAGAACUUUGAAUUUUUGAUUGGCAUGAUUAUUUGGCACAAUUUAUUGUUUGCAGUUAACUCAGUUAGCAAAAUAUUUCAAAGGGAAGACAUGCAUAUUGAUGUUGCUAUAUUUCAGUUAAAAGGACUCAUUACCUUUCUUGAAAAGUAUAGAGAAACUGGAUUUUUGGAUGCCAUGAUUGAGGCAAAAGAAGUUGCUACUCUAAUGGAAAUUGAUCCAGUAUUUCGUGAAAAGCGUGUCAUUCGCAAAAAGAAGCAAUUUGAUGAGAAUGUUAGUGAAGAGGUAACACAGACUGCUAAAGAAUCUUUUAGAGUUAAUUACUUUAUGUAUAUAUUUGAUCAAGCUCUUUCUUCACUUAAGAGUAGGUUUGAACAAUUUCAAGUAUAUGAGGAAAAUUUUGGAUUUUUGUUUGAUUUGAAAAAGUUGAGUUCUACUAACAAGGAAUGUUUGAAGACUUAUUGUGUUAAUCUUGAAGAUUUUCUGAAACAUGAUGAACUUUCUGAUAUUGAUGGGAGAGAUCUAUUUUCAGAGUUGAAUGUCUUGAAAGAAGUUUUACCGGAAGGAAUCAAAAGGCUAAUUGAAGUAUUAAAUUAUUUGAAAACAAUAGAUGGUUGUUUCCCAAAUGCAUGGAUUGUGUAUAGAAUUUUGUUAACCAUACCUGUUACAGUGGCCUCUGGAGAAAGAAGUUUUUCAAAGUUGAAGUUAAUCAAAUCUUACCUUCGGUCAACUAUGUCACAAGAAAGAUUGAAUGGGUUAGCUUUGUUAUCCAUUGAAAAGGAUAUGGUAGAUAAAUUCAAUUAUGCAAGCUUCAUUAGUGAUUUUGCAGCUAAAAAUGUGAGAAGAGUAAUGUUUAUGUGA